ACAGCCUACGAAAAUAAGAAAAUAAGAUAAAAUGAAUAUAAAAAAAAAAUGAGUGGCCACUUAAAUGUAGCCUAAUGGAGGCCGUUUCGAUACAGCCUACGAAAAUAAGAAAAUAAGAUAAAAUGAAUAUAAAAAAAAAUAGUAUGAAUGGCCACUUAAAUGUAGCCUAAUGGAGGCCGUUUCGAUACAGCCUAGGAAAAUACUAAAAAAAAAUGCGCGUUAUUACGGCCUUUGUAAUAGUUGGUCACUCUAAACUUGUUUUUCAAAGUAGCGUGGUCGCAAAGUUACAUUGAGAAUCGAAUAAGAAGAAAAAGGAAAAAUAAAACAAAGUAAUGGCCGAACUUAAGCCAUUUCUAUGCAAUAGCAUAGACAAAUCACUCUGGCGCUCCGAAUGGGAGGUCUGGUUACGCGCAUUCAACAUAUAUGCGGACAGCGAAGAGAUCAGCUCAACUCUUAAAAAGAGCAAUAAACUUCUGCAUUUGGGAGGCUCACAACUGCAGUCUAUUGUUUAUAACUUGCCAGGAGCGAUGGUCCCUUAUAUUACAGAGGAGCAGAACGCUGUCUUCACACCUUUGGUGGAAAAAUUAAAUGAAUAUUUUUCGCCGAUACGCAAUUCGGUAUUUGAGCGUCAUUUGUACCGUGGCAUGACACCGCGGGAUGGAGAAUGUUUCACCGAGUUUCUUAUGCGAUUGCGUCAGCAGGUGAGGAAGUGUAAUUUUGGCACUUCCAAAACAGAAAUAGAAGAGAUCUAUCUCAAGGAUAAACUAGUUGAUUCUUGGGCACCGGCUGAGCUGAAGAAAAAGUUGCUGUCAACUGAACAGUCCUUGGAGGGAGUCAUAUCUGCUUGUCUUAUUGAGGAACAGGUGAGCAAGCAGACGCAAUCAAUGUCAUCAAUGUCAUCAACUGGAUGCUCAGGCUCUAUGGUCAAUAAGAUUGCAUCGCGCACGGCUAAAUGGAACAACACCAAAGUAGAGUGCGGCAGAUGUGGCCGAUAUGAUCAUGAUUCAAAUAGUUUGCUUUGUCCAGCGAAAAAUGCGGAGUGUAACAGAUGUUCCAAAGUCGGGCACUUUGCUAAGAGAUGUCGGACUACUGUGAAGAGAUCCAGCGGAAAUCAUCGAGGAGGUACAAAGCGGCGCUAUGUAGAUGAAGCACCGGUCCGAGCAGUGAGUGGUGGCCAACAAUUUCACAAUCCCUGUUUCCGAGUUGCGAAUGAUUGUGACAUGGGCGAAGUCAUUUCCUGCCGAGUUGGUGGCUUACCAAUUAGCAUGGUCAUCGAUUCCGGAUCCAAAUAUAACUUAUUAAGUCAAGAUGAUUCGAAUUACCUACAAGAAAAAUGCGCUGCUAUAUUAAAUCUGCGAACUGAGUCGACAAAUCAAUUUCGGGCAUAUGCUGCGGAUCAGUUGUUACAGAUUUCAUGUGUGUUUGAAGCACCGAUUGCAGUUGGAGGGAAUGCUGAGUCUAUUGCAACCUUUUAUGUCAUAAAAAAGGGUAGGCAAUCGUUGCUUGGUCGCGAAACAGCCAUAAAACUCAACGUGUUGAGACUGGGCAUAGCUAUAAAUAGAGUCGAAAAGUUGGAACCUUUUCCAAAGUGAAAUAAUGUAUCUAUUCGGCUGUCAAUAGAUCUACAUGUGAGGCCCGUCAAGCAACCAAUGCGACGCAUCCCAGCCGCCAUUGAGGACAAGGUAAAAGAAGAGCUAGAAUCGGCUUUAUCUCAAGAUAUAUAGAGCCAGUACACGGACCAAGUGAAUGGAUUUCUCCAAUAGUUAUCGCAUUCAAAGGUGAUGGGAAUAUAAGGCUGUGCAUUGAUAUGCGUCAAGCGAAUAAAGCAAUUCAACGGGAAAAUUACCCAUUACCAACAUUCGAGUCGUUUUUAACGAAGCUGAAGGACGCUAAGUAUUUUUCUCGACUGGAUUUGAAGAGUGCGUAUCAACAAUUGGAAUUGCAUCCAAAUAGCCGAGAAAUUACUGCAUUUAUAACACCACAAGGAUUGUAUAGAUACAAGCGUCUACUCUGCGGUGUUAACUCAGCACCUGAGAUAUUUCAAAAACUGCUGGAGGAACGAUUAGCGAAAUGCCCGAAGGCAUUAAACUAUAUAGAUGAUGUAAUUGUCUUCGGAAGUUCAUUGGAGGAACACGACAAAAUGCUGGAGAUGGUAAAAGUUAUUUUCAAGGAAAACAAUAUAUUUCUCAACAAAGAUAAAUGCGUAUGAAAAACACAGCGACUUAAGUUCCUCGGGCAUAUAUUAUCUGACACAGGCAUUUCUGCUGAUCCAGAGAAAGUACAAGUAAUUACAGCAUUCAGGCCACCAAAGAACAAAGAGGAACUUCGUAGUUUUUUAGGCCUGGUCACGUACGUGGGAAGGUUCUUGCCAGAUUUGGCAGAUACAACAGAACCGUUGAGAAAGUUACUCAAAGCGGAUGAGAAGUUUUUGUGGAACCAACAAGAACAGCAAGCAUUCGACAAAUUGAAAAUUGGAGUUUCACGAGUUUCGGAGUUGGCAUAUUUUAACGUGAAAUUAAAAACUCGUGUAAUAGCUGAUGCUAGUCCUGUAGCGCUGGGAGCGGUCUUAAUACAGUUUGAUGUCGAAAAUAAUCCAUUUAUCAUAUCGUUUGCAAGUAAGAGCCUUUCUGAAAAGGAAAGUUUGGCAUUGGUAUGGAGCGUUGAAAAAUUUCAUUACUAUGUUGCUGGUCUGGAAUUCGAGUUGGUAACUGACCAUAAGCCAUUGGAAGCGAUUUUUAAACCAACUUCUAAGCCUCCAGCUAGAAUUGAGAGGUGGUUAUUACGUUUACAGGCAUACCGUUUCCAGGUGAUAUAUAAGUCUGGGAAGGAAAAUAUUGCUGACUCGAUCUCACGCUUAUGUGACAUUUCAAGUACUAAAUCAUUUGAUUGGGGUGGAGAGGAAAACAUAUUCCAUAUGAUUUCAAUUUCUACUCCCACAUCUUUAAAUAUAUCUGAGAUUUCCGAAAUGAGUACAAGAGACGAGGAAGUACUAGAUGCUAUACCAUGCCUGCACAAUGACUGCUGGAAUUCUACAGCAACUAGCCCAUAUUAUUCGUUUCGCCUGGAGCUGUCGAGUAUUGGUAGUAUUCUAUUAAGAGGAAGCCGUCUGAUCAUUCCCCAAAAACUACGACAGAGAGUUUUAACACUAGCUCAUGAGGGACACCCUGGAGAAGCAGCAAUGAAAAGGCGACUGAGAUCAAAAGUAUGGUGGCCAAAAAUUGACAGGGAUGCAGAAAAAUUUGUCAAGGAUUGUCGUGACUGUUAUUUUUUAGUAGAUUGGGGUAUCCAAAAAAGUUAAGAACAGACAAUGGCGGACAAUAUGUCAGUGUAGAGUUUAAAAAAUAUUGUGAGACGAAUGGAAUUGACCUUAUUACAACCCCUCCAUAUUGGCCUCAAGCUAAUGGCGAGGUAGAAAAUAUGAAUAGAUCGUUAGUAAAGCUGUUGAAAAUAGCACAUGUGAAUGAUAAAAAUUAUAGACAUGAGAUUCAAAAAUUCAUAUUAAUGUACAAUGUUACUCCCCAUGGUACUACGGGCUCGCCACCAUCCGAGCUUAUGUUCAAUCGCACAAUUAGAGACAAGAUUCCGGGAGUUCAGGAUAUAGUAGGGGAAGUGGGAGAAUCUGAAGAGAGAGACAGAGAUUUCAUUAAUAAGGAAAAAGGAAAAGAGGUGGCAGACAAAACUAGAAGAGCCACGGAAUCUAAAAUACAACUGGGAGAUAAAUUAGUACUAAAGAACGUAACUUUUCCUAGCAAGUUAACUCCUAAUUUUGAUACAACAGUCUAUGAGGUAAUUCAGAUAGAUGGAAGCGUAGUAAAGAUAUCGGGAGGAGGUAAAACGUAUUUGAGAAACAUAAGUCAUGUUAAAAAGAUGUCAGGGGUUCUAGUUUGGGCAUCGAAUCUUCUCAACAGUUGGAUGGCAGCGAGCAAGGAAAUGGUGCCUCACUUGGAAUACUGCCACCACCGCUACCGCAAGCCGAAUCAAUUCCCGAGCCGCCUUCAGAUGCGCAGCAGAACUUGAAGCUGAAGCUGAAAAAUAUUGGAGGGAUGUGGCAGCCUGUCACUACGAGCGUUGCUGAGAGCGGAGAGCAUACUGGCGCUCAUUGAGUCAGUCGUUUAUAUACACUUGUAAAGUGCGCACCGAAGAAAUAAGAAAUAUUGUCGUUACAAUAUUCAACAAAAAAUAAUGUAAAAUGAAGAAGUAAUGCGAAAGUGGAAACCGGGACCGACUAAAUGUCUUAAAACUCGUAUGCUAGGAAGGUCGACUCCGACCACUGCUUAUACCGCCCCGAAAAAAAUUCCCUGUGGAAGCAGUAGCCGCUGAUCAGAAGGCCGUUGCACCACGUUCAUCAGCUUCAUAAUUCCUAGGAAGCCAGGCUGAUGCAGGACUCCUGGGCCUUACGGUGCUUCUUAGCUGCCUGGUCCAAAACGACGUUAGUGGCCGACUUGACAGCAGAAUCCACUUCCGAUGUUUGAAACCGGACCACGCGGUCCUCCACUUGCAGCGGUUGGUCCGCAGCAACGCCAGUGUCCUCAAAGUCCACUCGCGGAAGGUGGCCGCAUUGAGGCCAAGCUCCCGUUCCAGCUUUACGUGCAAACGGCCUUGCGGAGUCCUGGGCAAAUCCAGCACAGCGGAGAAUGCGUUCCCCACUGGUACAGGCUACAGGCGCCCCGGAAAAAUAUACUGUACCAUUCAUAUAUUUGUAGGGCUCGCAUAAAAACACGGCGCACAACAAGGGACACACGCAAUGCGCUCGUGUCGGGUCACCUAAUCCUGAGGAGCUCCUGUGGAAAAGGAGGUGACGAGGACAAUUACGGCUCUCGGGGGUGAUAAAUUUACAAUUAAACAAGGAAAAACGCUAUAGUCGAGUACCUCGACUAUCAGAUGCCCGUUACUCACCUAAAGGGACCAAA